AGCUCAGCGUUUCAGUAAAAUGGCUGUGUCUCGCGGAGCCUCGUGCUGGUUUGGUUGGUUUCUAGCUCACUCUCUCGUUCUGUAACAGAAGCCCCCCCACAUUUGUGUCGGUGAAUUUAAUUCCCUGGCUCUCUAUUUAUAUUCUCCCUUAAACUUUUAGUUGAAACGGAGUCGCCGUGGAUACCGGAUUCGGUCCGGAGGAAGGGGGAAUGAACCGGGGCACGGGUACAUUGUUUAAAUAAUUGUAUUUAUGUUCAAUGCUAUUCAGAGUUUGAUUGUGAGUGACUCGCAGUGCUGAGAGAGAGGGAGAGAGGAAUAUCAUGGCCGCUCAGGUCGCCAGCGCCGCCACUCUCAACACUAGCCCGCCAUCGGAACUCAAAAAGCCGGAUCGGGACCCGCAGGAGGAGUCGGUACCGGGAGAGAAACAACAUGAAAAUAAGGAACCGGGAUCUGACAGCGGAUCACCGGGCCAGAAGGAGCUGCAGGACGGGAGCGAUGCUGGAAAUUCUGGGGGAGGAGGGGAUUCUGACAUGAAGAACGGGAACGGGAAUUUACCAAGGGUAAAUAAUAACAGCAGCAACCAGAAUGAUACAGGGGGGCCCGAAGGAAAUAACCAUCCCGGGAUGGGACACCACCACUCGGGCCCCUUUCCUCCACCUCCUUACGGUUACAACCAGCACUACAGCCGGGCCCCUUUUCAUCAACAUGGCGGACAACAAAGCCCUGGCAUGGCAGCUGCAUCGGGGCCGGCAGUGCAACCAGGCAGUAUGAUGGACUCUUACCCUCCUAAUUCACACGAGCACGGCUACCCAAACCAUUACAACAACUACAGCCCAUUCCCAAAUAGGACUUCUUACCAGGGCCAAGGAUACGGGGCCAUGAAUUCCCCGCGUAAUAACCAGCCUCCGGCGGCUGGGGGGCAGCCAGGCAAGCAACAGCCCGCAGGAGGAACCGCUGCUAUGGCUGCCUCUUACAAUAAUCAGAGGUAUAACAUGGGAAAUCAACAACCUACAUCUACACCAACUUUAAAUCAGCUGCUGACCUCUCCAAGCUCUGCGAGGAGCUAUCAAAAUUACCCUCAAGGAGACUAUAACAAUCAGGAAGGGGCCAGCAAGGGACCAGCAGAUAUGGGAAGCAGUCAGUAUGGUGGGGGCCAUCCGAGUUGGCAACAAAGAAGCCAUCAUCCUCCUCCCAUGAGCCCGGGAAACACUGGACAACCUCUUAACCGAAAUCAGCCUCCGGCUGCCAUGGAUCCGGCGGGGAAGAUGCGGGGCCAACAAUACGGCGGGGCCAAUCCCUACUCCCAACAACAACAGCAGCAACAACAACAGCAGCAGCAGCAACAGCAGCAGCAGGGGCCACCGUCGGGCCCCGGGGCCCAGCAAGGUGGCCCCUACCCGGGGCAGGGUUACGGGCCAGCGGGCCCACAGAGGUACCCCAUGGGGAUGCAGGGGCGCACCCCUGGCGCCAUGGCUGGCAUGCAGUACGGACAGCAGAUGUCUGCCUACGGCCAGCAGGGUCCUGGGGCCUACGGGCAGCAGGGCCAGGGCUACUACGGCCAGCACGGCCCCCCGUCGCACCCGGGCCAACAGCCUGGCCCCUACCCCAGCCAGGCCCAGGGCGGCUCCACGGGCCCCUACCCGCAGCCAGGCCACCCCUCGCAGCCGCCUGGUCAGCACGGGCAGCCUGGAGCGCCCUACCCUCAGUCCCAGGGCCCGCCUCAGGGUCCCCAGCCCCCGUACAGCCAAUCCCAGCCGGGCCAGCCGCCGUACACCCCUCCAUCUCAGCAACAGCAGCCUCCGGCGCAGCCUCAACAACAACAACAACAACAACAACAACCGCCGACCCCCCAACAACAACAGCAGCAGGGUCCAGGUCCCCAGAGCCAGCAGGGGCCUCAGGGCCAGCCUGGCUACCCCCAGAGGGAAGGACCCGGGCAGCCCCCACAACAACAACAACCACAACAGCAGCAACAAACACCGCCACAACAACAGCCACAGCAGCAACAACAACAAGGGCCUUCGCAGCAACAGCGCGAGCAGCAGCAACAGCGCGAGCAGCAGCAGCAACAGCGUGAACAGCAGCAACAGCGUGAGCAGCAGCGCGAACAACAACAACAGCGGGAACAACAACAACAACAACAGCGGGAACAACAACGUGAACAACAACAACAGCGUGAACAACAACAACAACCUCCGCAGCGGGAGCAGCGGGAGCCUGGGGGUCCGUCUCCCCAGUCCCAGCAGCCCCCGGGCCACUCGCAGCAGGGCCAGCGCUCGCCCUACUCCCAGACGCCCCCCCAGCAGCAGCAGCAGUCCCCCUUCCAGAGGUUCCCGCCUCCACCACAGGAGCUCUCCCAGGAUUCCUUUAGCUCGCAGUCCAGUGCCCCCCCCUCCAACCAGCCCGUGGCCUCCAACAAGAGCAGCCAGGAGGACAGCAUGCAAGGGCGGCCUUCCAGUCUGCCGGACCUGUCGGGCUCCAUCGACGACCUGCCCACGGGCGCCGAGAGCGCCCUGAGCCCGGGGGUCAGCACCUCGGGGGUGUCCAGCAGCCAGGGAGAGCAGAGCAACCCGGCCCAGUCGCCCUUCUCCCCGCACACCUCCCCCCACCUGCCGGGCCUCCGGGGGCCCUCGCCCUCCCCCGUGGGCUCCCCCGCCAGCGUCACCACCUCCAGGACCGGGCCCCUCUCGCCGGCCGCCGUGCCAGGUAACCAGAUGCCCCCGCGGCCGCCCAGCGUGCAGUCGGACGGCAUCAUGCACUCUACCAUGAACCAGUCGGCCAUGGGCCCGGAGAGGGUGUACAUGAGAAACCCCCAGAUGGGCCCCUACGGGUCCCCCGGUCAGCCCGGCUCCGCCUUAUCUCCCCGCCAGUCCUCCGGGGGCCAGAUGCACGCCGGCAUGGGCCCCUAUCCCCAGAACAACUCCAUGGGCAACUACGGACCCCAGGGGGCCCAGUACGGCCCUCAAGGCUACCCGAGGCAGCCCGGCUACAGCAACAUGCCCAACUCCAACUACCCGGGAGGCCCCGGCAUCGGCGGCUCCAUGAACCCCAUGCCGGGCCAGGGCGGCGGGGCGCCCUACGCCGGCAUGCCCCCCGGCCGCAUGGGCCCCGGGCAGAUGGGCCCGCGGCCGUACGGCCCCGCCGGCAUGGGCCCCAACAUGGGGCCCGGCUUGCCCCCCCAGGUGGCCUCCGGGAUGUGUCCGCCCCCGGGCAUGAACAGGAAGGAGGGCGGCCCCCCCAUGCUCCACGGCCCCGGCAACUCCAUACACACCAGGCCGCCCGGUUACCCCAACAUGUCCCAGGGCAUGAUGGGCGCGGGCUCCCCGUAUGGCCCGGGCAUGAACAACAUGCCCGGCAUGAUGAACCAAGGCGGUCCAGGCCCGUACCCCAUGGGGGGCAACAUGGUCAACAACUCCCCCGGCAUGGCCCCCAGUCCAGAGUUUGGCAUGGACAAGAUGAACCCCGGCCAGAAGAUGAACAACAAAAUUGACGGCCCCCCCAAGCAAGAAACUAAAAAGAAGUCGAGCUCGUCCACCAUCACCAACGAGAAGAUCACCCGCCUGUACGAGCUGGGCCCCGAGCCGGAGAGGAAGAUGUGGGUGGACCGCUUCCUGGCCUUCGCCGAGGAGAAGGCCAUGGGCAUGAACAACCUGCCCGCCGUGGGCCGCAAGCCCCUGGACCUCUUCCGCCUCUACGUGUCCGUCAAGGAGAUCGGGGGGCUCACCCAGGUGAACAAGAACAAGAAGUGGCGGGAGCUGGCCACCAACCUGAACGUGGGCACGUCGAGCAGCGCGGCCAGCUCGCUGAAGAAGCAGUACAUCCAGUGUCUGUACGCCUUCGAGUGCAAGGUGGAGCGCGGAGAGGACCCGCCCGCCGACUUCUUCAACACGGACGUCAAGAAGAACCAGGCCAAGGUCCAGCCCCCCAGCCCAGCCGGCUCCGGGUCCCUCCAGGGGCCCCAGACCCCCCAGUCCACCAGUAGCUCCAUGGCUGAGGGGGGCGACCUGAAGCCUCCCACCCCGGCCUCCACCCCCCACAGCCAGAUGCCUCCCAUCGCGGGCGUCAGGAGCAGCGUCAACCUCCAGGACCCCUUCGCCGACGGCGGUGACCCGGCCUUCUCCCGGAGGAACGCCAUGACCCCCAACUCCCAGGGCUACCAGCCCGGCAUGGGCGGCCCCGAGAUGAUGGGCCGCAUGGGCCCCUACGAGCCCAACAAGGACCCCUUCGGCGGCAUGAGGAAAGCGGGAGAGCAGUUCAUGACACCCGGCCCGGGGCCCAACAGCGGCAUGGGGGAGCAGUACAACCGCGGCCCCCCGGGGCCCUUGGGCAACAUGCAGAUGGGCCAGAGGCAGCAGUUUGCCUACGGACCGGGAUACGACCGCAGGCCGGAGCCCGGCAUGGGCCCCGAGAGCAUGGGCCCCGGAGCGCCCCAGCCCAACCUCAUGCCCUCGGGGGCCGACGCAGGCAUGUACUCGCCCAGCCGGCCCCCCCAGCAGCAGCAGCGGUCAGUAGCGUCCCCCUCACCAUCGACGCAUGAGCCCUAUGCUAACCAGUACCCCGGCCAAGGAGCUCCCCCUGGUGGCCCCUACCCCAACCAGCAGCCAGGAAUGUACCCCCAGCAGCAGCCGAACUACAAGCGUCCUGUGGACGGAGCCUACGGCCCCCCAGCCAAGCGCCACGAGGGCGAGAUGUACAACGUCCCCUACAGCGGCCCCCAGCAGCCGGGGCCCCAGCCGUCGGGCCCCCAGGGCCAGCCAGACAUGUACAACCAGUACGGCGCCUACCAGGGCCCCGGUGAGCGCCGGCCGCCCGGCCCCGGGGGCCAGUUCCCCUUCGGGUUCGGCCGAGAGCGGGGCCCGCCCUCUGGGGGCCCCAACUCCCAGUCCCCCAUGCCGCCCCAGUUGAUGGGCAGCCCCAUGCCUUCGGGGCCAGACGGCCCCCAGGGGCCCAUGUGGCAGGGCCGCAACGAGAUGGGCUACGCCAACUACCCCAACCGGCAGGGGGCCCCGGUCCCCGGCCAGGGGCCCGGCUACCACACCAUGAACCGCUCGGAGGAGAUGCUGCCGGCGGACCAGCGCAUGAACCACGAGGGGCCCUGGCCCGGCCACGUCAACCAGAGGCAGCCGCCGUACGGCCCCGGCUCCUCGGGGCCCCCCAUGUCCAGGCCCCUGCCGUCCAACUACCAGAACUCCCAGAACCACAUUCCGCAGGUCUCCAGCCCGGCGCCCAUGCCCCGCAUGGACAUCCGCACGUCCCCCAGCAAGUCCCCUUUUAUGCACUCGGGCACCAAGAUGCAGAAAGCCGGCCCUCCGGUGCCCGCUUCCCAUAUCGGCCAGGCCCCUGUGCAGUCGCCCCUGAUCAGGAGGGACGUUGCCUUCCCCCCUGGCUCCAUCGAGGCCAGCCAGCCCCACCUGAAACCCCGGAGGAGACUGACCAUGAAGGACAUCGGCACGCCCGAGGCUUGGAGGGUGAUGAUGUCGCUCAAGUCGGGUUUGCUAGCCGAGAGCACCUGGGCCCUGGACACCAUUAACAUUCUGCUGUACGACGACAACAGCAUUUCUACUUUCAACCUCUGCCAGCUGCCUGGCUUCCUGGAGCUGGUGGUGGAGUACUUCCGGCGCUGCCUGAUCGAGAUCUUCGGCAUCCUGAAGGAGUACGAGGUGGGCGACCCGGGCCAGCGCACGCUGAUCGACCCCGCUGCCGCCGAGGACAGCUGCGACGAGGACCUGCCCCCCACCGACACGGACAACAUGGACACAGACGAAGAGGAGGAGGAAGAGGACGAGGAGGACGAGGAGAAGGAGAAGCCCAAGGAGGUGGAGGAGGAGGAGGAGGAGAAGGAGAAGAAGAGCUCCUCGGAGGUCCGGGUGAAGCAGGAGGUGGAGGAGGUGUGCUCGCAGAAAGACCUUCAGCCUUCAUCGGAGGAGGAAGAAGAGGAGGUGAAGGAGGAGAAGAAGGACGUUGAAGGGAUGGCCUCGACCAAAGACGGAGGAGCCUCUGUACCGGAAACGGCCGCCGCCGCCCCAGAAACCCCGGCCCUGCCCUCGUUCGACCGGCCCAAGCAGGCCAGCAAGUUUGACAAGCUGCCCAUCAAGGUGGUGCGCAAGAAGAACCCCCUGCGGGGCGACCGCUCGGCCCGCUCGGGCCAGCGGCAGAGCUUCGACAGCGGCCUCAUACACUGGAGCAUCGGCGGCGGAGACACCACCGAACACAUCCAGACCCACCUGGAGAGCCGGGUGGAUCUGCUUCACCGGCCGCGCAAGCGGACGCCCGUCGCGGCGCAGAGCAGGAAGACGGCCGUCGAGGAGGUGACCAUGACGACGGUCCUGACGAUGGACGCCGCCGCCCCGACGGCAACGACGACGACGACGACGGAAACCCCCCAGAGCAAGACGGCCUCGCCCCGGCCCUCCUCGGAGCCCCCCCGCGACUCGGAAGAGAAGUUCGAGACGAUGACGACGACGACGACGACGGCGGCGGCGUCCCCGGCCCGCCCCGUCGUGGCCACCAUCGACGACGUGCUGUUGGCGCGGCCGGCCUCCGUGCCGGCGGACCAGAAGGACGGCGGCGGCAAGUUCCUGCUGGGCCUGCAGGGCCGGCGUCACCUGAAGAUCCUGGAGGACGAGCCGCACAGCAAGGACGAGACGCCGCUCAGCACGCUGGCGGACUGGCAGGACUCGCUGGCGCGCCGCUGCGUCUGCGUGUCCAACAUCGUGCGCAGCCUCUCCUUCAUCCCGGGCAACGACCAGGAGAUGUCCCGGCACCCGGGCCUGCUGCUGCUGCUGGGCCGCCUGGUGCUGCUGCACCACCGGCACCCCGAGCGCAAGCAGGCGCCCGUCACCUACGAGAAGGAGGAGGAGGAGGACGAGGGCGUGAGCUGCGAGCGCGACGAGUGGUGGUGGGACUGCCUGGAGGCGCUGCGGGAGAACUGCCUGGUGACGCUGGCCAACAUCUCGGGCCAGCUGGACCUCUCGCUCUACCCCGAGAGCAUCUGCCUGCCCCUGCUGGACGGCCUGCUCCACUGGGCCGUGUGCCCCUCGGCCGAGGCCCUGGACCCCUUCCCCACGCUGGGGCCCCACGGCUCGCUGUCGCCGCAGCGGCUGGUGCUGGAGACCCUCAGCAAGCUGAGCAUCCAGGACAACAACGUGGACCUCAUCCUGGCCACGCCGCCCUUCGGCCGGCUGGAGAGGCUGUACGGCGCCCUGGUGCGGCUGGUGGGCGAGCGCAAGGUGGCGGUGUGCCGGGAGAUGGCGGUGGUGCUGCUGGCCAACCUGGCGCAGGGCGACGGGCUGGCGGCGCGCGCCAUCGCCGUGCAGAAGGCCAGCGUGGGCAACCUGCUGGGCUUCCUGGAGGACAGCCUGGCGGCCACGCAGUACCAGCAGAGCCAGGGCCCGCUGCACCACAUGCAGGGCGGCGGCGGUGGGGCGGCGCCCUUCGAGCCCACCAGCGUGGACAUGAUGCGGCGGGCAGCGCGCGCGCUGCACGCCAUGGCCCGCGUGGAGGAGAACCACGCCGAGUUCACCCUGUACGAGUCGCGGCUGCUCGACAUCUCGGUGUCGCCGCUCAUGAACUCGCUGGUGUCGCACGUGAUCUGCGACGUACUCUUUCUGAUCGGCCGCUUAUGACAGCCAUGAGGGGGACUGCUGAAGCCACCACUCUCUUCUCUUUGCCCCCCCCCCCCCCCCCCCUCCUCGAUCCCUCCUUCCCUCCCACCCCCCCCUCCCCAACCAAGAUUUUUUUGUGUGUUUGCGUGUCUGUUGCGAGCGAGUGCAGAGAACUUAAAGAGCUAAUACGGACUGUCCUUUCAUUUCUUUCUUUCUUUUUUUAAUUUAUGCAAAAAUCACCUCGGAUUCCACUGUCCCCUCCACUCUCCCCCACUGACCCCCCCCCCCUCCCUCCCCCUGCUUCUCACUAAAGGAAGGACUAUCAUGAAGAAGCUGUGGAUUUUAAACUUCUGGAAGACCUAAAGCCAGGAAGAAAGAUGCUAGCGCGAGAACCGUGGCUAAGCGGAGAACCGAGCCUAGGAGAACGGGUCCCCCCACCUCCCCCUCGCAAAGGAAAUAAAAACAGUUUUUUUUAAUGAAAAUGAAACAAAAAGACAUAAAAAAUGAAUUAUAAAACUGUAACCAAAGUUGCUGUCUCGUUUACAGUGAGUUUGGGGGAUUCAUGUGCCCGGGGUUCCCCCCCUCCCCCUUCAGAAGAGGGGGGGCCUUGCAGGGGGGUGGGGACAUUCGCGCACGCGGGGGGGGGGGGGGGGGGGGGGGGGUCUUGUUAGUUCAUGUUUUGGAAGCUAAAUAAGACUCGCGGUGUGGUUCUAAUUGCUGUAACCUUGGAUAUUAUAUACUCAACCCCCCCACCCCGCCCCCCCCCUCCCCUCUUCCUACAUGCAGGAGCCUGCUCCUCAGGCCCCUGGACGGUCUUCUCGUCGACGGGGGGCCCUGCGCAGUAGACUUGUAGGACGGCUCUUUUUAUUUCUUUUCUGUACUGUACACCUUUUUUGGAAAAAGUAAAAAAAAAAAAAGACAAAACUGUAAACAUACUGUAAUAAUACUGUUUCACACUGAGAUAAAAAUGCUGGCUUGGCAGCAAACUGUAGUUUUUAAAAGCAAAAAUUUUAGCUAAUGUUGAGAGAGCGAGAAAGAGAGAGAGAGAAAGAAUGAACGAAAGAAAGAGAGCGAGCGAGAGAGCGAGCCCCACCCACCCACCUACCCGCCCCUCCAAAGUAGGGUGAAGCGACAACACCUUGACCUCUUCUCUUUGUCCCUCUUGAUUGUAAUGACUUGACCCUUUGUAAAAGAAAGUCACCCUCCCUCCCCCUACCUUCCUCCUUGUAGGACUGGUCCUCGACUCUGGCUGCAGUCGAAGCUGCAGCGUGUAUAUAUAUAUUAAGAUGUUGUACAUUACACUCCCCCUAUUCUCCUAACAUCCCACCACCACACACCUCACCCUUCUUCCCCCCCCCCCAACCCGAAACCUCUGUUACUCUUCACUUUUUUUUUAUAGUUUUUUUUUUUCUUUUUUUUUUUAUCUGUGACAAUGAAAAAAGUUACUUACACUCUUUCCCGGGCGACGUCAAGGAAUGACUUGACAUCGAUUUCUCCCCCCGCCCUCCCCCCUAUUCCCCUCACCGUCUCCAUGCACAAACCCUGUUUCUGUUUGACUCUGGUCCAAGCUGUAGAGAAUAUAAACAAACGUACAACAAACAGAAAAUACCAUAGUAAACGGUUGAGUUCCUGCGAAAAAUGAAACCCACUUACCCCGACGGAAAAGAAAAGAAACUGAUUCUUUAUUUUUUUUCCAGUGAUGCGGAUUCUGCAUAUUUGUAUUUCAGACGAUGUAGCUAAAACUUGAUGUAAAUUCCUUUUUUCCUUUUUUGGCUUAAUGAAUAUCAUUUAUUCAGUAUGAAAUCUUUAUACUAUAUGUUCCACGUGUUAAGAAUAAAUGUACAUUAAAUCUUCUUAAGACGUC